AUGAAGAAAUUGAAGAGUAAACUAGAAAGUACAAAUACAGAUAGUUUUGGAAUAUCGAGAACUGACUUUACAAGAACUCAAAAAUCACAUAGAAGAUAUUUAGUCAAUACUUCAAUCAAAUUUAAAACAAGCUCAAGUGAAUUAAAUAGAAUGGAGUUACAGGAAGAAGAGGAUUAAAAGAUUGUUAAUCCAAUUUAUUUGAAUAAGAUAAGAUAAUAAAAGAAAUCUUAAAAUACUUUUAAAAGGAAUGAUUAUUUUCACUUAAAAAAGAUUCCUUCAAUAAAUAGUCAAGAUAUAUGUUAGAAAAGUAAUAGAUUACAAUAAUUAUCUUCAUAUAUAAUCAGAUGUUAUUCUGAUGAGAUAUCUAGUCUUAAAGAUAUUUAAACUAUUGAUGAUAUAGAGUUUGACAAUUAUGUAUCAAGAUACUUAAACGAAGCUUCAAUAAGUAUUGAUAUCUUAAUUAAGAAAUUAUAAUAUUUGUAGUAAUACAAAUAAAACAGAGAGAAGAGUGAAUAAGAAAUGAAGGAAAUAAUGUAGGAAUGUUUUAAAUAGAAGAAUGUAUGUAUUUAAUAAAGGUUUUGUUAUAUAUUUGGUAAAAUGGAAUAGUUAUUUUUUAAUCCAAUAUCUGGUGCAAUUUACUUUAAAUUAUGCAAACGUCUAUCUGAUAAUGAAUAAUAUUAUAGAAAUAAAAUGAAAGCAUAUAGAGGUUUGGGAGAAUGUUUAUUAAGAGUUAGGCCCAAAUUGAGUUAAUUAUAUUUUACUAAGUAUUUAAUGUCAGCUUGGAAAUUAAAUGAAAAGAAUCAUGAAUUAUAUGCAUAUGAUUUAUUAGGAAAAUAUUAUUUUUAUGUUGGAUAAAUAGAAAAGGCUAAGUAAUUUCAUGAAAAGAUGAUUGGAGGAUAUUGUGAAGUAUUUUUAAUUUAUAUUUAUAUAUAGGUUCCAGAUUCAAGAGUAAGAGUUUUAGCAUAAAGUAGAUUAGAAUAAGGAAGUUUAUCAAAUAGAAUUAAUAGAGAACAUUAAGUAGUUGAUAUUGAUGUUGUAACAUCAGAUGAUGAAUGUUAUGAAAUAGUAUUAACUUAACCUUAACCAGUAUAAGUUACAUUUGUUGGUUCUUCUAAAUAUUUUUAAAGGAAAAUACCAGAUCCAAAAAUUGUUAAAGAGGAAGCUAAUACAAACAUUAGAUAAAAGAAACCUAAAUUUAAUUCAUAAAUUUUAGAAUCUGGUGGUUAAUUUGAUAUGUCUAAAUUAGUAAUAUCAAAUCCACAUCUUAAUAUUGGAGUUAUAAAAGAUAGAGUAUUAUUGAGUCAUAUGACUCCAAAUAGAAAACUGGAAAUGUAUUAAUAUUUAUGUUUAGCAAAUGAUAAGAAUGCAUUCAAUAAUGUUAAUCAUUUAUCAGGAUUGUAUGAUAAAUUUGAAAUUAGUAAAAUUAAUAAGUAUUUGAAUAAGUUAAUCUCUCUAAUGAACAUUGUUUAAUAAUGGUUAAUCAAUUAAUAAAGAGUUAAAACUAAUAUUAAAAAAUAUCCUCUUGCUUGA